CAGAAACUUAGACGUCUCUUAAAUACACAGCGACAGCCAGCCCCAGAACCUCCAGCAUGCAAAUCAUCAUUGUUGGUGCUGGUCUGGCAGGCCUUUCAACGGCGCUCGCAUUAUCUCAUUCCGCUACGAAGCACCACAUCAUACUUCUCGAAUCUGCAUCCGCCCUCGCAGAAAUUGGUGCUGGUGUCCAACUCACCCCAAUAGCAACCCGGCAGUUCAAGGCGUGGGGUCUUGAAUCUCAACUUCUGGCUGCUUCUGCCCUGCCCAAAGCAUGGAAUCUGCGGCGUGGCUCAGAUGGACAGGUACUGAAUCGUGUCCCGAUGGAUCGAUUCGAGGAAUGGUAUGGCGCACCUUAUGUAGUCGUGCAUCGUGCAGAUCUACAUAGAAUCCUGCAUGAAGCAGUAGUGGCAAAGGGAGUAGAAGUGCGCCUCAACAGUCGCGUUCAGGAGUAUGGGACUGAAGAGGGGUGGGUACAGCUGCUGAGCGGCGAGAAUCUACAGGGUGAUCUGGUCGUAGCCUGUGAUGGAAUCAACAGCUUGGCUCGAAGUCAGUUGCUUAAAAGUCUGCGGAGCAACAUAACCCAGGAAGAAGAACUGGAGGCGACAGGUUGGGCGGCCUAUAGACUGAUGGCGGAUGUUGGGGAUGUCAAACAAGAUCCUUUGACGAGGGAAGUCGUGGAUGAACACGCUGGAAACUGCUGGGCGGACACAAACAAAUCGGUGAUGACGUACAUGAUCAGUGGUUCUGGAAAGCUUAAUCUCGUACUUUCGCAUCCAGAUGAUGUCGAUACCAGCACCUGGACGCGGGAACAGUAUCUUGCCGAACUGCAGAGGUACUAUAGCGAUGUUGAUUCGCGCGCACUGCGGCUCAUCAAUCUCAGCAAUGGUCCUAUUACCAACUGGCCAGUCCAUCAGGUUGCCAAAUUGCCGGCUUGGGCGUCUCAAAGCGGUAGGUUUUUGCUGAUUGGCGACGCAGCACACGCCAUGGCUUUCUACCUGAGCAUGGGCGUAUCACUCGCUAUUGAAGACGCAACAGCACUAACUACAGCAUUGGAGCUAUGUACGUUGAGCCCAGAUAAAACGUCAUUGGCUGAAGCGAUCAGACUGUUUGAAAAGGUUAGGAAGCCUAGGGUUGAGAAGAUCAGAGAUGCGAGUUUGCACGCGGGAGCAAUGCUCCAUCUCCCACCGGGCGUUGAGCGGAGCCUACGGGACGAGUCUGCACGGUGUGAUGGUGCAGUGAACGAGUCAAGAGUCGGCGACGCACUGCUAGGCUGGAUCAGCUACGGCAUCACGGACAAGACAAUCAGAGAGGAUUGUUAUGGAUACGACGUUGUUGCUGAGAUGCGGUGGCAAGCUCAGGAAGACGGAACACCGCUAUCCUAGACCAGAUAUAUCUCCAAAGACGUAGCAUUGCCUAAGCAGCUCACCUACCACACUACAACCUCCA